AAUCCUGGAGGGAGCCGGGUCGAAUGAGCUGUUGGGGUUCCCACAUAAUAACGGGGGACAGCACAGACAGACAAAAAGACACACAGACGGAUGGACGGAGAUAGGCUCCGAUAAACACAAAAGCAAGCGCGGAAUCCUGGUAGUAUCCUUUCCCCAUUUAUUUAUUCGCUGUAUUUAUAUUAUUUAUUUAUUUAUCUAUCUAUCUAUCUAUCGAUUGAUUGCAUUUUAACCACUGCCUCCGACAGGGAGAGGGAGGAGGAGUCCAAGUACGCGCGUUUGGUUUGUUUGUUUGCUUGUUUCCCGGCUUGUUUGGUCCGAUUGUUGGCGGAUGAAUCCUUUUUUUUGGGUUUGUUUUAUUCACGUGCUGCUUUUUUUGCACGAGCGGACGAAUGUCUAAUAGCCUUCUAAUAGCGUGCAGCUAGAGACCAAAUACAGUAGAUGAAACCAAAUGAGACUUUAGUGUAGUAACUCUUGAAUUUAUUGAUGCCAAAUAAAUAAAGAAGAACCAAAGCUACAGCCUCGGCUGGUGAUGCUGCAGCAGGCUGCUGACUGUUCUCACACCUUUUUGGAAUAAAAGCUCCUGAUGUUUACUCCAACGCUUUGACACUACAAUUGUACCGCAACUUUUCCCUUGUCAAAGAGUACAAGUCGGCUCUAUCCGUCUGUGUGUCAUAGUCUGAACUGUGGAGCCAAAAAAGAGGGGUUCUAUGCACAUUUACACCCAAAGAUCCACACAUGUAAAUAAAGGGACUACAUGUGUACACACCUAACUGUUGUGAGAUCUCCGCACCGAAUCCAGACGAAGAUUGUGAAGAGGAGCGUCGCACAUUAUUCGCAUCCAAAACAAGAAGCCGGAGCAAGAUCAUGUUUGUUCCCUUGCCGGUGCCGUUCGUGUUUCAGAGAACUGCCCCUGACCUCAACGCCUGGCGUCUCAAGUCUCCCCUGGCUCUGCGAUCCAACCCCGACAUCAGGAUGUCCAAGCCAGUAGAGGUGGAGAAACUGGGGGCCGACUCACCGCUGGACAGCACAGAUUCCGAGCGAAACGGAUCUGAAUCAAAUCAUCAGACUCAGUCAAUGAAAGUCAACCCCUUCUCCCUUUCGCCGACCCUGAGCAACAGCAAGAAUAAGAUGGAGGAAUGUGGUGAGAUGUCCCCGGCCCUUCCUCCCCCUCACGCUCCGACCCCAUCUCAGACCGCCCUGCAACACACACAGCUCAUGCUGACCGGCUCCCAGCUAGCAGGGUUGACCGCUCUGCUUCCGGCUCAGCAGCAGCUGUUGCUGCAGCAGGCUCAAGCGCAGCUCCUGGCCGCUGCUGUGCAGCAGUCCAGCGCCGCCCACGCCGCGCACGCCGCUCACGCGGCCGCCCAAGCCAAUCAGCAAGCUCAGGCGGCGGCGGCGGCAGUGGCAGCGGCCAAUCAGCCGCAGCAGCAGCAGCAGACAGGACAGCAGACGCAGGCAGCUUCGCAGGGCCAGAGCACGCAGGAACAGACCGCCCAAAGUGUGCCCGUCCCGCCUCCUCCGCCCCAGCUCGCCCUUUCUCAGCCAAUCCAGCUCACCGCCCAGGACAUCCAGCAGUUGCUGCAGCUCCAGCAGCUGGUCCUGGUGCCCGGACACUCCCUCCCCUCUCCUGCCCAGUUCCUCCUCCCACAGGCCCAGCAGGCCCAGCAAGGACUCCUGUCGACACCAAAUCUUAUUUCGCUACCUCAGCAAAACCAAGGGAGCCUGCUGACCGCUCAGGUCCGAAUGGGACUGCAAGCACAGCGAGACAAGAGUGUGGAGGUGAGCAGCGCGGGCAGCGUGACGGCGCUGACGCCGGUGACCUCUCACCCGGAGGAGCCCAGUGACCUGGAGGAGCUGGAGCAGUUCGCCCGCACUUUCAAGCAGAGACGUAUUAAGCUGGGAUUCACACAGGGAGACGUCGGCCUGGCCAUGGGGAAGCUGUACGGCAACGACUUCAGCCAGACCACCAUCUCUCGCUUCGAGGCCCUCAACUUGAGCUUCAAGAACAUGUGCAAACUGAAGCCGCUGCUGGAGAAGUGGCUCAAUGAUGCAGAGACCAUGUCCAUAGACAGCACCCUGCCCAGUCCCAGCUCCCUGUCUUCUCCGUCGCUGGGCUUUGACGGCGUCCCUGGGCGCCGCAGGAAGAAGAGAACCAGCAUUGAGACGAAUGUACGCGUGGCGCUGGAGCGUUCUUUCAUGACGAACCAGAAGCCUACCUCAGAAGAGAUUCUGCUGAUCGCAGAGCAGCUCAACAUGGAGAAAGAGGUGAUCAGAGUUUGGUUCUGCAACCGCAGACAGAAAGAGAAACGCAUCAAUCCCAGCAGCGCCACCCCACCCCUGCCCAGCCAGCCCCCCACCGCUCCACCAACGCACAAACCCCCCUGCUACAGCCCCCACCUGAUGUCCAGCCAGAUGUCACAGGCCGUGACCAGUCUCAGCAGCACAACGGCGUCCACCAUGUCCUCCAUCUGCCCCCUGACCUCCAGCCUUACCUCCACCCAUCCUUCCCUCAGCUCUGCUCACCCUUCCCUCACCUCCUCUCACAGCUCCGCACCUUCCCCGGUGACUCCGCCCCCUCCUCCCCGCAGCACAGCCAGCCCGGCCACUCCCAGCCACAGCACACUCAACCUGAACACGGGCUUAUGGCGUAUGGGUAAAAAGAACGGUGACGUGUCUAGCUACAUCACCGAUUUUGCUGCAAACUUGAGGAACACUGUGAUGGGGGUUAACACAGGGAUGAACCAAGCUCUCCUCGGUAACAAUCCCCUGGCCACUAUUCAAGCCCUGGCAGCCAGUGGUGGCCAGCUGCCUCUUUCCAGUCUUGAAGGAGCCAGCAAGGUGAUGCUGGGGUCCGGCGGUCAGGGAGGAAGCCUGGCCUCCUCCCUCUUCCUCAACCACCCAGCUCUCCUCCACAUGGGUCAGAACCCCGGAGCCGGACUGGUCAGCGCAGCCGUAGCCAAAGCCUCCCAGGCCUCCCCCUUCCCCUCAGCCAGCAGUAUCAGCCCUACCCCAUGCUCCCCCUCACCCUGCUCCAGCCCGGUCUCCUCUUGCUCCUCCAUCGAGAUGGUACACAGCCCACCCUCUCCGGGCGGCGCCAAGAUCGAGUGACCACACCAGAGGCCAAUCAGAGCGACGGAGGCCGACAGGAACCUCACCUUUUCACACCAAAGCGAUCUCUUUCUCUCUCUUGCGCUCUUCUUUCAAUACUUUCUGCAAUGGCUCUCUCCCUCUUUCUCUCCCGGUCUUUCGAUGCCAAAAAUACACAGAAUGAAAGAGGAGAGACGGAGGGAAGGAGGUGAAAGAGGGGAGAAGCGAAGAAAGGGGAAGGUUGAAACCAAAAAUCUUUUACCUAGCCAAACACAUGGAGAGGAGGCGACGUGGGACCUUUUUUUGUUGUCGACGAUAUCAACACGGCACCUCUCCACAAAACCAACCGCCUUCGAGCAAAGCGGCGGCAGAGAUGCACGGCACUGUGCAGAAACCAAAAAUGACAAACAAAAAAACCUUAACUUUAAUAGUGACUUAGUGCGGCGAGGACAAAGCAUUUGAGAGGAGGAGACUGUGCUUUCCUUUUUUAUAUUAUCGUUUCGACAAAGCUGCGGGUCUGAAGGAGGAGGAUUAGGGAGGAUACGUUUAAACCAAAAAUUAACCUGAGGAGGCGAAGGACGAAUACACAAUGACAAGAGGAAAAAAAAAAAAGAACGACAACCAAACCAAAAUACCAAAAACCAAAAAUACGGAGAGAAAAGCUUUAUUCAAAGGACGUGUAAAUAUUGAAGCUAUCCAGGACCAGAACUCUACUGCUACACACACAUCUGCUCAUCCUGUCUGUGCUGGUCUGUCUCACCACUUUGGGCCAUUUUUGGAUGAUCUUGUGCCACUCCACAUGUUUAGCCUUGUUAGCUACCUCUACUUUUGAGAGCGUAGCGUGUUGACCGUGAAUAUUUUUCUUACGCCAAACUGUGGAUUAUUUAUUAGCUCAUUUGCUUCUAUUUAUUGUCGCUUUUGUUGGUGUUCUUCAUCAUCAUCAUCAUCAUCAUCAUCAUUUCUGUCACUGUCUGAGUGCCACACAGGAGUAGAAAGUGCUUUGAAUGAGAGGCCGGGUUGAGAAGUAAACAGGAGGCCGUGAAAAAAAUGACCUUUUAAAAAGCUUUCACCUGCAGAGCUUAGUCGUCAACUGGAGACUCAGAGGAGAGCAUCUAAGAAGCAACUGUAGUGACCUCCAACUGAUGCAGUGCAUUAUGGGACAUAAGUGAGUUGAGAAUGGAAAAAGUGAAGGGUUGUUUUGGUGUUGCAAACUGCCACAUAUGGCAACAAGUCCCGUCCCUUAGUCCCUGUGUACACGUUUACAAGGUCAUUUGCCUGGAGAUGUGAACAGAUUAAACAUGUGGCACUUCAAUCAGCUUUCUCUAAGAAUAGCCUGGCUCUGUGGGUGAAAACACUCCACGAGUAUGAAAUAAGAAGCAGAGAACGCCGGCUAGAUAAGCUUCAGUCACGGCUGGCUUUCGUUCCGACACCUGUCCGUUUCACCGUCAUCCCCUCCAUUGCAUUUUCAUUAUCCACCCGUCGCACACCUUCAAAUGGAAAACCAAAGCUUUCUGACGGCGCGGCCGCGUCCAAAGACAUUAAGAGACAAUAAAAGAUGCAGGAGAACAGGACGAUACCACAGCGUGCCCCCCCACGCCCCGCCGGUGUGGACCCCUCUACCUGUCCCAACCCCAUCGACGGGAAGCUUUAUUAAGGGAACUGAUCCUGACUUUUGGGACAGGCAAGAGAGGGAGACGCUGACACGGAAGGGGCGGGCGGGGGGGGCGGCUUUUCUUUUCUAAGAGGAUACCAAAAAUAAACCAAACCAAAAACCCAAGGAAUGACCGAAACCAAACCAAAAAGAAGCCUAACCAAAUGUGGCUAGAGGAAGGAGGCGGGGCGCGUCGGUCUGUCCACCAGCUUCCACUGUGACAAUGUGUAGCAUCAGUGGACAGAGAGACAGAAGGAGGACAGAAGAGCGCCCCCCUCCUGCUCCUCUCUUCUUCUCCAGCUCAGCUCUCUGGUCCUGGAUGGAGCUUAAACGCAAACAACCUCACUGAACUUCUAGUUUUAUUUUUUAUGUUGUUUGGUUCUGAUUGUUUGAUCUCUGCUGUGUCUCUUGAUGCCGUUUUACGUACUGUACUUUGGUGCAUUUGGAAAUAACGUACUCGCUUACUUACUUACUUACUUACAGAAGCUCCUUAUUUUUUUCGUAGUCGUGCUAGAGGUUUUUAUCAGGUGGUUGGAAAAAAAUACUGUGAAAAUUUAGCUUUCAGAUUUUUAUUAGAAACAGAAACUGUCUCAGCAGAUUUUAACACCGAAGCCAAAAAACAUAGCAAAACCUUGAUGAUGCCAAAACCAAAAAAAGAAGCCAAAACCCAUCGAAGAGAAACAGAACAAAAGUCGACUCGACUGAGGUGAAACUGUGUGUUUGUCUGCUCAACAGACGAUGACAUUAGUUAAUUGUAACUAGAUUCUGUUGUUUUCCACAGUAAAACAAAAGCGAUUCAAGACCAAAUUGUCCUAGAAUUGUUGCAUUUUUUUCUGUCUUUCAGUUGCAUAUUUUUCAGCUGUCAAUCACUAACAUUUGGGACCUAAAACCUACAUAAAACAGCUUUUCAAGAAGAGGAUAAACAGAUGUUGAAGCUAACUAUAGAUGUAAAAAUGAACCUAGAUAUCAAAACAAUAUAAUAUCUGUAGACAAUGUUGCUAAAAUUGCUGAAUUAAACCCCCAAAAUGAUGCCACAGAUGAGGCAACUUGCCUUCUAUGCUGAUGAUAUACAGCUUAAAAAUCAACAUCUGAUGAAAACAUUGUCAUUCUCUGAUAAUAAAAAGCUUGUUGAUCAAUUCUGAACAAUGUAAGGCACCUACAUCCUAACAUUUGCAUCACCGCGCUGAUUGCUUGCUUUAGCCGAACCAAAGAUCAUCCAACUCUGGAGUCUCCAAAACCAGGACUCACACACAGACGAGCCUCAGCCAGCUCGGCCAGUUGUCGACCAAAUGUUUCCAAGUAAUAUUCGGUUUGAUUACACACGAGACAGCAGUCGCCCAGAAGCUCCCACGAACCAAACUUCAGAUGUGGGGACGUUAUUUUUCGCGCCUCAAAGGUGGAGACGUCUCGCCGCAUCGACUCUUAGACGGAAUGUAUCUGUUAGUGCUUCUAUAGAUUUUGUAGAAAAAAAGAUCUAUGUUCAACUGCUUACUUAUCAGUAAUGUAUAAAAAGUCAAGAAAAAAAAACUUGCAAAAAAAAAGUCUUUGCGAAAAAAAAAAAAAGUUCCUUAAAAAUAACUUGAUUUUAGACCAAAAAUUUUAACUAUCUCUCUUUGGACUUUUUAUUUUAAAUUUCUCCUUUGUUGAUUUAGACUUUGAUUGUACUAUUUAUUCAGGGUAGAGUCGAUGAGUUGAUCUAUUUGUCCUUUGCUAUUUAUUUAACUUAUUUCUAGAGGUGCUUUUUUCAUAUUCUGUAUUUGAGAAGGUUUUGUUUGUUUGUUCACCCCCGCCACGCUGAAAGUUCUUUGUUAAAAACAACCAAACAAUACUGGUGAGUGAGCGACGACUCUUCUCAUGGAGCGAAGCAGCAGUGUGCGAAAAAAAAAAAGAAAACAUCUGGUUCUCAGGAUGACGAUUUAAGGGAUGUUCCGGGUCCGAAAAAGAUGGUAUUAUUGUUCUGAUCUGAGCGACUGUGUUUUUGGAAGCACAGUGCUGCUUCUGCUCCUUAUAUUUCCUCCGCGGGGAGAAACUACUGAGAGCUUUACUGCUACUGAACCAAAAAGCAAACCACAAGAUCAACUGGGGCUAGGGGUCACUUUUGUAUCGAGAAACAGUGGCUAAACAGACGGGAGCUGCCUCUUUCUAUGUUUCUUUUUUCCUUUUUAAAAAUGUCUUCAUCCAUUUUUGGAUGUAAAAGAGAGAUAGUUCAUCAUAUACCUCAUGUUCUUUGAUGAUAAACCAAAUAGAUGAAUGCUUUAAAAAUACGGGGUCGAGUUGGGACCUCGUGCUGUCGAGCGAGCGGACCUCUGAGGUCGAUGAUCACGUGGUGGUAUUUGAGGCAGCAGACCUGGUCGAUGCUCAAGCAACUUGUCCCUGAAGAAAACUCCCCCCGCUGUCCACGUUGAGCUUUGAACCCAGCCGGCUUCUUACGUUUACUGCUUCCUCUUUGGCAAACAUGAACCUGCGGCUUGAAUCUGCUCUUUGACUCUGAUGUCAGAUCAAAUCUGAUCCUUUUUGGACUUUAAAAGCUUCCGAUUUAAGUAGCGUCUUCGCCUGCUCGCCUGGCCAGGGCACAAAUUGACCGGUUGAUGUCUGCGCGUAAAAGGGAAGCAGUAACCAGGGAACGGCUGAGACCGAGGUUGCUAGGUGACACAUCCGGAGACCUUUCUCACCUCUUGUGGUGUGUGUCGAACCAGUGGACGUCGAUGUUUCAAGUCUGAUUGCUUUUCUUUCCUUUGCUCGUCGUGUCUCUCUGAAAAGCGUGGUCGCACCGAGUGGAUGUGAGGGGUCAAAGAGUGGGUGCAGGUCUCAGCGGUGGGGAUGUCCCCCUUGUGAAUGAUACCAAAGUCAAUGCCCUGCCGCGAGAGAUCAGGCUCCGCGCUCUGCCCAAAUCCUCAUGUCCAACAGUGUGAUGCGGUUCUCAGUGAGGGUUCAAUACUUCGACCACUUCAGGGAACUAUGAUUAUUAAAACUGCAGGUGGACUUACGUGUCCUAAAACACCUGCCACUUUUUCAAAUUUCUCUCGCAGGUCAGAUUAGUGAGAUACAAACUAAGAGGGCCGUGUGAAUUUCGAGCCAACAAGUGACGGCUAUGCAGAUGGCCAAUAGUUGUAACUGAUAAAUUUGGAGUAGAUCCGUUAGAUUAUGUCUAUAACUUCUCAAAUAAACUUUAGUUCUGAAAUGCAUUCCCUUCAUUUAGAUAUUUUUAAACUAACGUUUUCACUCCACCAGGCUUCCCAUUUGUGUUUAGCAUUCGAAGCACUGUUGAUAGCAAUAAGCCCAAUGGGACAGCAGGUGGCAGUAGCUGCUUCUGCACCACGGAAAGUGACAUGAUCCAGUUACUGCUCUCAUUAUCAACAUAACUAGUUAUUUCAAUUGACUCUUCACAAACUGUUACACUGUCCGAAACAGCACUAACAUCUGGUGAGAGGCUGUCAUUUUAUCCAAAUAUGGGCUGCAACAUAAUCCUAUAUUUAUUGUAAAUGGGCAGCCCAUAGUGUACUGCAACAGAAAGCGGUUAACUGGUAUUCUGCAGUUGAGUUUGAUAACAGCAACCGUAUCCCGUCAGGAAUGCCUUUUAAAAUGUAAAAACUGUUGCCUGUAGCUUUUCGAAGACGCGACAGAACUUCACAGGGCUUCUAUUGAAACCAAAACCAGAGUGAUGGAAGUUGUAGAGCGAGAGACUCGGUGAGAAAAGCAAAGUAAGCAACCACAGAGAGCUGCUACGUUUCCUCCACGUGCUCACACACACACGCACGCACGCACGCACACCUCUCAUGUCUUUACAAUACAGCUUUAGUCCAAAGGUUCUUCAGCAACAAAGCAAGUCAGACGUUAAAGAAUAAAACCAAAGAACUUUGUCCUUGUCUUCUGCUCACACCGUCCACUGCGCCCUCGCUGUCACCCAGCAGCCCCGCCGUCUCUGAAGCGGAAACCUCAGCUAUCCAAAGGGAAAUAAUGAUAAGAAUUAAGAUGAUGAUGAAAUGUAUAUUUUUAAGUAUUUGUCAUUGGAAAAUUAAUCUUAAUUAUGAUGAUCAUGAUGAUGAUGAUGAUGAUGACGAUGAUGACGUUCUUGGUAUCUUUGUAGCUGUUCUGAUCCUUCUUCAGUUCCUGUCCUUUUCUGCUUGUGCUGCCAAAGUACUGCUUAAUUCUCAUCAGCCCCCCCACCACCACCACAGCCCCUCCCUCCCUCUUUCAUUUAGUUGAUCCCCAAUGUUUGGCCCCUCCUAACUGUCUACCUGUCUGACCUUUGACCCCCGGCUGUUUGUCUGUGCCUGUGUACGAGCGUGUGACUGCCAAACAGGGGUUUUCCACGAGCUUCCCUGCUUGUUUGCAGUCCAAUACAUUUCCUGUGUGUGUGAGCGUGUGUGUGUGACUGGGUGGGGUUGCUGGGAAAUGGGGAGGGCGUGGUUCGCUGCAGCAGUUUGCAAAAGAGACAAAAACGUUCCGUGUUCUUUUGGAGAGGACAAGCCCCCACAUGACAGAACACACACAUAUAGCUUUAACCCCACCCCCGCGCCUCCCCCUCGCACAUCAUCGCAAGUGUGUGUGUGUGAGCGUGUGUGCAGGUAUGUCAUCACCUUUUCCCCUUUGUGUCUUCCAUCCAGUAAGCAGUCCCCCCCCACAAACCCACCCCGGCCCCUCCCCCCUCCCGCGUAGUAGCAAGUUAGCCUUUUAGUGUACUUAUCUUGAAAACCAAAAAAAAAAAAAGAAGAAAAAUAUCUGCUUGUUCAUUGUACAGUGUUGUUCAUUUAAGUCAUUUUUGUAACUGAAAGUGUUUCAUUCAUCAAAUAA